AUGGGCCCCAAGAAGAAAACUGUCUGGGAGAACCUGCGUGAGAAGACCAAGACCCAGUUUAACAACAUAAAGAAGAAGACAUCCCCGGGGAAGCUGGAGAAGAAAAAGCACAAGCCCCUGCAUUAUAGACGCAGUAUGUCAGUGCCGGACCUGAGGUUUGUUCAGGAAGCUGAAUCCUCUGCAGUAGAAAGUGCAUUCUCCACAGCCUCGGACGCCAUCUUAUUUGGCAGCACCUCAGGUUCAAGUGAUAACGCCUCUUUUAUCUCAGUCCCUCUAUUCAUGGACAGGCUGACUGCAACUGAUGCAGGCCCCUCAGUGAACAGGGCGGACAGGAUGGGCACCCCGGACAGGAUGUGCACCCCUGCUGACAGUGUGGAUGGUUCUGCGUGUGGAACCCCAUUAGAGAAAGAACCCUACACGUUCUGGCCCACUGACUCUGAGGACCUGGAUAUGCCAGAGCCCCCCGUAUCCACAGACAUCAGAGACAUUUUCUGCAGGGAGCUUCAGGAAGGCAUUGAGUUACCCAACGAGCACAAUGACUUCUAUGCCCAGCCCUUGCAGGAUCAAGCCGGCAACAAUGCUAUGGCAGCAGGAAGCCUACCUGGUCCUAUUCAGAAGUACCUCCUCACUGUCAACCUGAAGGAGGGCAGGAACCUGGUCAUCAGAGACCGCAACGGUACAAGUGAUCCUUAUGUCAAGUUCAAACUGGAAGGAAAGACGUUUUACAAAAGCAAAGUUGUGUAUAAGAACCUGAAUCCAAAAUGGAGUGAGUCCUUCUCUUUCCCCCUGCAGGAUUGGGAGCAGGUUGUCGACGUGAGGGUCUAUGAUAAGGACCGUACCACUGAUGAAUUCAUGGGUUCCAGCACAAUUGUGAUCAAAAACCUUGAAUUAGACAAGACCAGUGAGAUGGUGCUAAGUCUGGAGGACCCCAGCAGUCUGGAGGAUGACAUGGGCGUCAUCGUCAUUGACACAUGCCUAACUUUCAGAGGUUCUACGAUCAAAAGACCAGGUGAUAAGGACCAGACCCAGGGUUCAGCUGAGGCCACCAAUAUGAGCCAGCUGUGGGGUGGCGUGUUUGGUAUCACCCUGUUAGAGGGACAGGACAUGCCUGAAUACGGCCAGGGGGACGUCUAUGUGCGUUACAGACUGGGAGAGCAGAAGUACAAGAGCAAGAACCUGUGCGUUCAGGCCAACCCUCGGUGGAGGGAGAAGUUUGACUUCAACAAGUAUGAGAACUGGCUGGAGCCACUGAAGGUGGAGGUGUUUGUUAAGAGAGGCAGGAAGAGUAAGGAAUCCUGGGGAAUGUUUGAGGUGGACCUGUCCAAGCUGCCAGUAAACACACAGCAGCUCUACACACAAGCCCUGGACCCAGGCAAAGGCAGGCUGAUAUUACUGGCCACCUUCAACCCCUGCAGUGAGGUCUCCAUAUCAGACAUUAACAAACCUCCCCUGGAACAGCCAGACGAGAGGGACCAAAUACUGGAGAAAUAUAGUUUGAAGAACUCUCACAAAAGUGUGAGGGAGGUUGGCUUCCUUCAAGUCAAGGUUUUCAAUGCAACAGAUCUCACAUCAACUGAUCUCAAUGGGAAAAGUGAUCCAUUCUGUGUACUGGAGCUGGGGAACAGCAGGCUACAGACUCACACCAUCUACAAAACACUCAGCCCUGAGUGGAACAAAGUCUUUACAUUCCCAAUAAAGGACAUCCAUGAUGUGUUGGAGCUGAAGGUCUUUGAUGAAGAUGGAGACAAAGCCCCAGACUUUUUGGGCAGAGUUGCCAUUCCACUACUCUCUGUUCAGAAUGGACAGCAGGUCACCCGAGGGUUGAAGAAUGAGAACUUGAGGGGUCCAGCCAAAGGUACCAUCUCACUGGUGAUGGAGGUCCACUAUAACCCAGUUAGAGCCGGCAUCAAAACCUUCAAACCAAAAGAGGAGAAAUUCAUGGAGGACAAUCAAAAAUUCUCCAAAAAGGUCCUUGCCCAGAAUAUCUACAGAGUUCGAAAAAUCACCAUGGCAGUGCUGCAUACGUUACAGUACAUUAAAAGCUGUUUUCAGUGGGAGAGCACACAGCGGAGUAUAAUAGCCUUCCUGACCUUCAUGGUGAUGGUGUGGACCUGGGAGCUCUUCAUGAUGCCCAUCUUCCUGCUGCUGCUUAUCGGCUGGAACUACUUCCAGGUCACCCCGGGGAGGUUCAGCAACAAUCAGGAUCUGACGAACAUGAACAUGACCGAUGAUGAGGAGGAAGAUGAGAAGGAAUCUGGGAAAAAGGGACUGAUGGAGAAAAUCCAUAUGGUCCAAGAGAUUAUCGUCACUGUCCAAAACAUUUUGGAUGAAAUCGCAUGCAUCGGGGAAAGAGUCAAGAACACAUUCAACUGGUCUGUGCCCUUCCUGUCCUGCCUGGCCUGCUUGGUUCUCUUUGUGGCAACAGCAGCAUUAUACUACAUCCCACUGCGCUACAUUAUCUUCAUAUGGGGCAUUAACAAAUUUACCAAGAAGCUGCGCAAUCCGCAUGCCAUUGACAAUAAUGAAAUACUGGAUUUCAUCAAGAGGGUGCCUUCUGAUGUUCAAAAGGUGCAGUACAGCGAGCUGAGAGCGCCCAGUGUCCAGAGCCCACCACGAAGGAGAAGGUAAACCCCUUGGACGUGCUGGAUGAAAGGACCAGGCUCCUUCUGA